UUGAUUUUUCAUUGCUGCAGCCACCCAGUGUCCGUCGGGGUUGAGGUAGAUGCUAGAAUCAAGUGGUGCUAAGGGACCUUUUCCGUCUGGGGGAGGAGUUACGACAUAAGGGGGAGGAGUGUCCGUCGUGAUCAGACUCUCCAGCUGUGAGGAACCAGAGUCUUUAUUACACGUCACACGUUCUGUAUUCUCAUCUAUCACAAAGCAUGGACAUGGACGGAAGUCACAGGACUGAGAGGAUAAUAAAUAUCACCCUGGAGAUCAUCUACCUGCUGACUGGAGAGGAUUACACAGUAGUGAGGAAGACAUCCGGUGAGUAUGAGACACCCAGCAGCCGUCUCCGCGUGUCAGGGGGACUGAGCAGGACCCAGAGCCCCAUCACGGUGCCUCAACCUCACUCACUGAAACAUGAGAGACACAAUGACCAGAAAAUCCUGGAACUCGCCAACAAGAUCAUUCAGCUGCUGACUGGAGAGGAGGGGGAGUAUAUAGAGGAACACAGGGGUCUGUACAAGGACGUGAUGAUGGAGAAUCACCGGACCCUCACAUCACUGGAUGGGCCCAGUAACAGAGAUACCCCAGAGAGAUGUCCCCAUCCUCUAUAUUCCCAGGAUUGUACAGAGGAGAAUCACAGGACCCCACAGGAGGAUCAGUUAGAACACCUGUCUGAUAUUAAAACAAGAGAUACAGAGGGAGAAGAAGAGACGUAUGUGACUGAUAUGAAGGCAGUCGAUACGGAGGGAGAAGAAGAGACGUAUGUGACUGAUAUGAAGGCAGAAGAUAUAGAGAGAGAAGAAGAGACGUAUGUGACUGAUAUGAAGGCAGAAGAUAUAGAGGGAGAAGAACAGACGUAUGUGACUGAUAUGAAGGCAGAAGAUAUAGAGAGAGAAGAAGAGACGUAUGUGACUGAUAUGAAGGCAGAAGAUAUAGAGAGAGAAGAAGAGACGUAUGUGACUGAUAUGAAGGCAGAAGGUAUAGAGGGAGAAGAAGAGACGUAUGUGACUGAUAUGAAGGCAGAAGAUAUAGAGGGAGAAGAAGAGACGUAUGUGACUGAUAUGAAGGCAGUAGAUACGGAGGGAGAAGAAGAGAUGUAUAUGACUGAUAUGAAGGUAGUAGAUACGGAGGGAGAAGAAGAGACGUAUGUGAGGGGUGAUCAGCAGUGUAAGGAGGAUAAAAUUCCUACAGAUAUCAGCACAGCAGAUGGACACACAAGCAGGAAUAUCUCAGAAGGACAUCUAAUGUUAUCCCCGGAUUGUGAAAUAAACGAUAAUGACAGUAGACAGGAUUCUCCAGGAGAUAACCCCAUUACCCCAAUUAUACAUCCAGCUCUAUCAGCUGAUCCCUCUGAUCCUGGGAAAUGUUCUCCUGAUCACUCUGAUAUUGGAGCAUCUGUUACAGCUCUGAGAGUAGAUACAGGGUUUCCCUGUUCUAUAGAUGCCAAAUGUUUUACACAGAGCACAAACCUUAUUACCCAUCAACCAGCAAAGGCAGGUGGGAGGCCAUUUCAAUGUUCUGAGUGUGGGAAAAGUUUUACAUACAAAUCACGUCUUGUAAUACAUAAGAGAAUACAUACAGGUGAGAAACUAUAUUCCUGUUCUGAGUGUGGGAAAUGUUUUAUACACAAAUCAGCUCUUGUUAUACAUCAGAGAAUUCACACAGGUGAGAAGCCAUUUUCUUGCUCUGAGUGUGGGAAAUGUUUUAUACAGAAAUCAGAUCUUGUUAAACAUCAGAGAAUUCACACAGGUGACAAGCCAUUUUCUUGCUCUGAGUGUGGGAAUAGUUUUAUACAGAAAUCGGCUCUUGUUACACAUGAGAGAAGUCACACAGGGGAGAAUCCAUUUCUAUAUUCUGAGUGUGGGAAAUGUUUUCCACACAAAUCAGAUCUUGUUAAACAUCAGAGGAGUCACACAGGUGAGAAGCCAUUUUCUUGCUCUGAGUGCGGGAAAUGUUUUACCCUGAAAUCAAAUCUUGUUAAACAUCAGAGAAGUCACACAGGUGAGAAUCUAUUUCUAUGUUCUGAGUGUGGGAAAUGUUUUCCAUACAAAUCAGAUCUUGUUAAACAUCAGAGAAGUCACACAGGUGAGAAGCCAUUUUCCUGCUCUGAGUGUGGGAAAUGUUUUACCCAGAAAUCAAAUCUUGUUACACAUCAGAGAAGUCACACAGGUGAGAGUCCAUUUUCUUGCUCUGAGUGUGGGAAAUGUUUUGCAGAAAAAUCACAUCUUGUUAGACAUCAGAGAAGUCACACAGGUGAGAAGCCAUUUUCUUGCUCUGAGUGCCGGAAAUGUUUUACCCAGAAAUCACAACUUGUUACACAUCAGAGAAGUCACACAGGUGAGAAGCCAUUUCCAUGUUCUGAGUGUGGGAAAUGUUUUACAUACAAAUCAGCUCUUGUUACACACCAGAGUAGUCACACAGGUGAGAAGCCAUUUUCCUGUUCUGAAUGUGGGAAAUGUUUUAUAAGUAAAUUACAUCUUGUUACACACCAGAGAAGUCACACAGGUGAGAAACCAUUUUCUUGCUCUGAAUGUGGGAAAUGUUUUACCCAGAAAUCACAACUUGUUACACAUCAGAGAAGUCACACAGGUGAGAAGCCAUUUCCAUGUUCUGAGUGUGGGAAAUGUUUUACAUACAAAUCAGCUCUUGUUAUACACCAGAAAAGUCACACAGGUGAGAAGCCAUUUUCUUGCUCUGAGUGUGGGAAAUGUUUUACCCAGAAAUCACAACUUGUUACACAUCAGAGAACUCAUACACCUGAUAAUAUAUUUCCCUGUUCCGAGUGUGGGAAAUGUUUCACACGGAAAUCACAUCUUAUUAGACAUCAGAGAAGUCACACAGGUGAGAAGCCAUUUCCAUGCUCUGAGUGUGGGAAAUAUUUUAAACAGAAAUCAGAUCUUGUUAGACAUCAGAGACGUCACACAGGUGAGAAGCCAUUUCCAUUCUCUGAGUGUGGGAAAUGUUUUACACAGAAAUCACAUCUUGUUGCACAUCAAAGAAGUUACACAGGUGAGAAGCCAUUUCCAUGCUCUGAGUGUGGGAAAUGUUUUACACUUAAAUCAUAUCUUGUGAGACAUCAGAGAAGUCACACAGGUGAGAAGCCAUUUCCAUGCUCUGAGUGUGGGAAAUGUUUUACACUGAAAUCAGAGCUGGUUAGACAUCAGAGACGUCACACAGGUGAGAAUCCAUUUCCAUGCUCUGAGUGUGGGAAAUGUUUUACACUUAAAUCAUAUCUUGUGAGACAUCAGAGAAGUCACACAGGUGAGAAGCCAUUUCCAUGCUCUGAGUGUGGGAAAUGUUUUACACUGAAAUCAUAUCUUGUUACACAUCAGAGAAGUCACACAGGUGAGAAUCCAUUUCCAUGCUCUGAGUGUGGGAAAUGUUUUACACUUAAAUCAUAUCUUGUGAGACAUCAGAGAAGUCACACAGGUGAGAAGCCAUUUCCAUGCUCUGAGUGUGGGAAAUGUUUUACACUGAAAUCAUAUCUUGUUACACAUCAGAGAAGUCACACAGGUGAGAAUCCAUUUCCAUGCUCUGAGUGUGGGAAAUGUUUUACACUUAAAUCAUAUCUUGUGAGACAUCAGAGAAGUCACACAGGUGAGAAUCCAUAUCCAUGCUCUGACUGUGGGAAAUGUUUUACACAGAAAUCACAUCUUGUUUCACAUCAAAGAAGUCACAGAGGUGAGAAGCCAUUUUCAUGCUCUGAGUGUGGGAAAUAUUUUAAACAGAAAUCAGAUCUUGUUAGACUUCAGAGAAGUCACACAGGUGAGAAGCCAUUUCCAUGCUCUGAGUGUGGGAAAUGUUUUUCACUGAAAUCAUAUCUUAUUAUACAUCAGAGAAAUCACACAGGUGAUCGACCAUAUCCAUGCUCUGACUGUGGGAAAUCUUUUACACAGAAAUCACAUCUUGUUAGACAUGAGAAAAUUCACACAUGUGAGAAACCAUUUUCAUGCUCUGAGUGUGGGAAAUGUUUUACACGUAAAUCACAUCUUGUUACGCAUCAGAUUUCACACAGGAGAAGCAUUACUAUGAGUUGAUACAGGGUUGAAGCAACACUCCUGUCACACACUAUUUUAACACUUUAUGUUAUCCUUCCACAGAUAAUUGGAAUGUGUGUCAUUAAUAUAAGAUGACUAGAUCACCCCAGCAAAACUUUUAGUAAUUUCUCCUAUAGAUUUUUCUAUAUAUUUCCUAUAUAUGUAAUUUAGACAAGAUGUUGCCAGCACUCUCCACAGUAAUACCAGACCACAUAGCUGUUAUGUAUGGGCUAGAUGUUACCAGCACUCUCCACAGUAAUACCAGGCCACAUAGCUGUUAUGUAUGGGUUACAUUGUAUGGAUUUCAGUCACACAGAUAAACGAUAAAACACAUUAUCAUCUUGUAAAAACAUUUUAUUCUGGAAACGUAUGGGUAGAAUCCAGCAAUUGCUGUUCUGGAAUGGUGGAGAAAUGGUGAAGCAC